CAAGGUUGAGCUCAGGGCGGGGGGGAGGGGGAAUGUCCCCUCCUCCCCCCCACCCGGCCCACCUCCAUGUCCUCCCACAUAUGGGCCACGUGUCACCGGCCACCAAUGCCCCGUGUGACAUCGCUCUUGGGUUGAGUGUCACUGGCCGCCUCCUUGCCAGGAGCUGUGGAACCCUUAAUGUCCUUGUGGCCCCCGGGGUGCUGGUGACCUUGGUACCAGUGGUGGCCCCGGAGCGCCAGUGGUGGCCCUGGUGCCAGUGGUGGCCCUGGGGUGCUGGUGGUCUAGGUGCUGCUGGUGACCUUGGUACUAGCGGUGACCCUGGGGUGCUGGUGACCCUGGCACCAGUUGUGGCCCUGGUGCCUGUGGUGGCCCUGGUGUCCUGGUGACCCUGGUGUGCUGGUGAACCUGGUACCAGUGGUGGCCCUGGUGCUGGUGGUGGCCCCAGGAUGCUGGUGGCCCUGGUGUGCUGGUGGCUCUGGUACCAGUGGUGACCCUGGUACCAGUGGUGGCCCUGGGGUGCUGGUGAUCCUGGUGCUGGUGGUGACUGUGCUACCAGUGGUGGCCUUGGUGCUGGUGGUGGCCCUGGGGUGCUGGUGGUGGCCCUGGGGUGCUAGUGACCCUGGUACCAGUGGUGGCCCUGGGGUGCUGGUCAUCCUGGUGCUGCUGGUGACUGUGCUGCCAGUGGUGGCCUUGGUGCUGGUGGUGGCCCUGGGGUGCUGGUGGCCCCAGGGUGCUGGUGGUGGCCCUGGUGUGCUAAUGACCCUGGUGCUGGUGGUGGCCCUGGGCUGCUGGUGACCUUGAUGCCAGUGGUGGCCCUGCAGCGCCGGUGACCCUGGUGCUGGUGGUGGCCCCAGGGUGCUGGUGAUGCUGGUGCCGGUGGUGGCCCUGGGGUGCUGGUGACCCCGGAGCGUGUGCGUGAGGGUCGGUGUUCGUGUCUGUGUCCGCGUACGUGCAGGUGCGCGGUCGUGUGCGGGAUUGUGUACACGUGUGGGUGUGCACGUGUGUUUACGCACAUGUGUGGAUGCGUACGGGUGUUGUUUACGUAAGUGUGUGUGUGUAUGUGUGUAUGUGUGAGUGUGUACAUGUGGUUACAUACAUGUGUGGGUGUGUACAUGUGUUUAUGCACAUGUGUGGGUAUGUGUGUUUAUGUGUGGGUGUGUUCAUGUGUUUACAUACAUGUGUGGGUGUGUACAUGUGUUUUACAUACAUGUGUGGGUGUGUAUGUGUGUUUAUGUGUGUGUACAUGUGUUUACAUACAUGUGUGGGUGUGUACAUGUGGUUUUGUACAUGUGUGGGUGCGUAUGUGUGUUUAUGUGUGGGUGUGUACAUGUGUUUACAUACAUGUGUGGGUGUGUAUGUGUGUUUAUGUGUGUGUGUACAUGUGUUUACAUACAUGUGUGAGUGUGUACAUGUGUUUAUGUGUGUGUGUACAUGUGGUUUUGUACAUGUGUGGGUGCGUACGUGUGCUUAUGUGUGGGUGUGUACAUGUGUUUACGUACAUGUGUGGGUGUGUACAUGUGUUUAUGUGUGUGUGUACAUGUGUUUACAUACAUGUGUGGGUGUGUACAUGUGUUUACGUACAUGUGUGGGUGUGUAUGUGUGUUUAUGCACACAAGUGACUGUGUACAUGUGUUUACGUACAUGUGUGUGUGUACGUGUGUGUAUGUGUGGGUGUGUACAUGUGUUUACAUACAUGUGUGGGUGUGUACGUGUGUUUAUGCACAUGUGUGGGCGCGUAUGUGUGUUUAUGUGUGGGUGUGUACAUGUGUUUACAUACAUGUGUGGGGGUGCGCCAGUGUUUAGGUACAUGUGUGUGCCUAUGUGCUUGUGUGCGCAUGCGUUCCUGCACACGUGUGCCUGUGUGCGCCUGUUCACGUGCCUGGGUGGGUGUGCGCAUGUGUUUAUGUGCGUGUGUGGUAUGUGCGUGUGUGGAUGCACAGGCGCGAGUGUGUACGUGUGUUUAUACGUGGGGGUGUACAUGUGUUUACAUACAUGUGUGGCUGUGUGUGUGUUUUUAUGUACAUGUGGGGUGGUGCGUCCGUGUCUUUAUGUGUGGGUAUGUACCUAUGUUUACAUACAUGUGUGGGUGUGUACGUGUGUUUACAUGGGUUACAUACAUGCGUGGGUGUGUACGUGUGUUUAUGCAUGUGUGAGUGUGUACGUGUGUUUAUAUGUGGGUAUUUACAUGUGUUUACAUACAUGUGUGGGUGUGCAUGUGUGAUUAUACACAUACGUGGGUGUGUACAUGUGUUUAUGUGUGGGUGUGUAUGUGUGUUUAUGCACAUGUGUGACUGUGUGCAUGUCUUUACGUACAUGUGUGGGUGUGUACGUGUGUUUAUGCACAUGUGACUGCAUACGUGCGUUUACAUACAUGUGUGGGUGUGUACGUGUGUCUAUGUGUGAGUGUGUACAUGUGUUUUGCACAUGUGUGGGUGUGUAUGUGUGUUUAUGUGUGACUGUGUACAUGUGUUUACAUACAUGUGUGGGUGUGUACGUGUGUUUAUGCACAUGUGUGAGUGUGUACAUAUCUUUAUGUACAUGUGUGGGUGUGUAUGUGUGUUUACGUAUGUGUGGGUGUGCACGUGUGUUGAUGCACGUGUGAGUGUGUAUGUGUUGUUUACAUACAUGUGUGGGUGUGUCCAUGUGUUUAUGCACAUGUGACUGCAUACGUGUGUUUUUGCACCUGUGUGGGUGUGUACGCGUGUUGAUGUGUGGGGAUGUACAUGUGUUUACAUACACGUGUGGCUGUGUACGUGUGUCUGUGUGAGUGUGUACACGUGUUUACACACAUGCGUGGGUGUGUAUGUGUGGUUUUGUACAUGGGUGGGUGUGCAUUUGUGUUUACAUACGUGUGG